UUAGUGGCGACCGUAGUCGGUUUAAACGUUUGCUUGUGGCCAAAUGCAAACUGAGCAAGAAACAAAAUAAUUACGUGGUCAGACCAUUCGUGCUUGUCGGAAGGCUCUGCCUUUCGCUUCCUUGCGAACAUGGUGUCGCUGGUAGUGGCCGUUUGCUACUACAUGUACUCCAUAUUGGGAGUUGUGUCACUUGUUUCAAUGGCUAAGAGUGGUAGCGGGCAAGGGCGAAACGUUACGGUUAGCGACGAUAGCUUCGUCAACAGCCUGGGCAUGCAAAUGGUGAAGAUUCCUGCCGGGCAUUUCAUCAUCGGAUACAGUGAUAGUCCCUUGCCGGAGGAGCUCACACAAGGUCAGAUCCAGCGCGAGGAUGGCGAUUACGACGAAGAGCCCAACCACCCGGUCGCCAUUUCGGGCAAUUUCUACAUGUCGGCCUUGGAGGUCAGCAAUGCUCAGUUUGAAGAGUUCAACAUCAGCCACAAGGCCAUGCGUGGACACAUGAACUUCUCCUUCGACGACAACGAAGCGGCAAUCUUCAUCAGCUGGUACGAAGCGGUGGAGUUUUGCAAGUGGCUGUCUGAGAAGGAGAACCGGACAUAUCGUCUACCGACCGAAGCCGAGUGGGAGUUUGCUGCCAGAGCAGGCACCACUACCUACUUCAACACGGGAGAUACAUUCCCGAAAGAGUAUCAGAAAUGUCAAGAGACUUCAUGGUACCCAGCCGAAGCGCCUCCUUGCGGCUUCCCAAAGCUGACAACGAACACAAGUGGACCCAAUGCGUACGGACUACAUGACAUGCAUGGCAAUGUGGAGGAGUGGACCAUGAGCUGGUAUGGCACAUAUACAAGACUGAAUGAAACGGAUCCCAUGGGGCCACCGUCGGGAGAAUUCAAGGUAUCGCGUGGUGGCAGCCACUCCACCAUUCUCUACUACUUGAGAAGUGCCAACCGCAUGGGAACGGUGCCGGAGGACAAGAGCUGGUACAUAGGGAUGCGGGUUGUCAUGGAGGAUCCUUCCACGUCGGUGCCGCCACGGACGUCAGCUCAAUACCGCUUCAUGGCGGAGGAUUACGAGAAGCACCAUCCAAGAAACCGACCGGGUGCAGAUGUGAACACAGCUACGUCAGCUGAAGAAUUGAAGCCCCAGGAGAAUGCCAUAAAGCAGCUUGUCAUUUCCGGGGACAUUGAGGACUGGAGGCAACAGUACUCCAGCCCUGAGUUCCAGGGUCCCUACCAGUAUGUUAAAAUCGACGAGGACCAGAAUCACCUGCCGUUUUCUCAUCACAACCACGACCCGGGCAUCUGCCCAUGUCCAAACGGAGAUGUCUUCGCAAUCUGGUACAGCACCGUUUCAGAAACGCAGCGUGAGCUUGGUGUCGUGUACAGUCGUUUGAAGAAGGGCUCCGACAAGUGGGACGAAGCUGAAAUCUUCUGGAAUGCGCCGGACCGGAAUGAUCAUGCACCAGCUAUGUACCUAUCACCAAACGGCACUAUGUAUCACUUCAAUGGAUUAUCUGCCGCUGCGACCUUUGGUAACCUAGCAACGGUGAUGCGUGUGUCAACUGACAGUGGUUAUAACUGGUCCAGGGCUGAUCUGAUCUUCUCCGAGCACGGCUUGAAGCACAUGCCUGUCGAGACUGUUAUUGAGUUGGCUGAUGGAAAGCUGCUGCUGCCGACUGAUGCUGGACCAAAAGGAGAUGGUGCUACAGCAAUACACCUUUCACCCGAUAUGGGAUUGUCAUGGCAGAUGCCACCUGGGCUUAUAACUGGAAUUCAUGGUGCUGUCGUGCAGUUGAAGAAUGGCGACUUGUGGGCUCUUGGAAGAGGUAAUGACAUAGAUCAUCACAUGGCACAUAGUCUUUCCCAGGAUAUGGGGGAAACAUGGAAGGUUUCCAGAUCACCAUUUCAGGGUAUCCAUGGCGGACAGAGAGAGGUGUUACUGAGACUAAAGGAGGGGCCGAUCAUGAUGAUCGGGUUUGCCAAUGAACCGCUGGAAAUUGAAGACGUCAGCAAACACCACCGUCACAUCACCGGCCUGUAUGCAUGUGUGAGCGUGGACGAGGCAGCCACCUGGAAGAACUUCCGGCCAAUAUCCGACGACGGCAAGGGCAGAAAAGUGGAGACGCUGGACGGCAAGCUGUUUGAAUUGAGCUACAAGGAAGGCGAGCCGCUCGGAUACAUGUCGGCCCGUCAGAGUCCCGUGGAUGGCAUGGUACACGUCAUCUCCAGUCGCCAGUACUAUCGGUUCAACGUUGACUGGCUGCUGUCGCUGCCGCCAGUGCCACCCAAGUGAGCAGAGUGGCCAGCGAUACAGAUUCACAAACCCGUGUAUCCAUGUACAUGUAGUUCACUACUGAUAGUAUUACUAGUGAAAACUUCCAAGAUGUUGUUUCUAAACGAGCCUGAAGUGUGUUCUUCUUCUUAGUAUUCCUUCACUGUUGUUGGAUUUUUUUUUGUAUUCUACAUUACUGGUGGAGUAUAUUUAUCAGGUGACGAGAACCUUGAGUACACCUACUUCAGAGUAUUUUCUAACUACAUCAGUCUCAUUUUAUUAUACAGUCAUCGUGAGGUUGUUGCCUGCGCACUCCUUGU